AGAAAAUCCAAAAUCUACCUUACCUUCACUCUCGCUAACCCUUGAACCAUUCACAAAUCCCACACCAAAAAUGGCAAACCCCGAAACCAACAACCCAGCAAUGGACCCAGAUUCUGACAGCCCGGACCAACCAGGUUUGGAACUUGCACAAUUCGGAGCCGGGUGUUUCUGGGGUGUGGAGCUAGCUUUCCAGAGGAUUGAAGGUGUUGUCAAAACUGAAGUUGGGUAUUCUCAGGGUCAUCAUCCUGACCCGAAUUACAAGCUUAUUUGCGCCGGAAAUACAAACCAUGUUGAAGUGGUUCGGGUUCAUUUUGACCCUAAUGUUUGCCCCUUUACUAACCUUCUUGAUCUCUUUUGGUCCCGCCAUGAUCCUACCACCCUCAACCGUCAGGCUGGUGAUGUAGGAACUCAGUAUCGAUCAGGGAUAUACUACUACAAUGAGACUCAAGCACGUCUAGCUCAGGAAUCGAAGGAAGCCAAGCAGUUGGAGCUCAAAAACAGGAAUAUUGUAACUGAGAUUCUACCAGCUAAGAGAUUUUACCGGGCAGAGGAAUACCACCAGCAGUAUCUGGCUAAGGGUGGCCGUUUCGGUGAUGGACAGUCCGCUGCAAAGGGGUGCACUGAUCCCAUCAAAUGCUAUGGCUGAUACCAGAUACGGUUUCUAUCUUGAAACUUGUAUUCAUAUGUUUGAUCUUUAAAUCUUAUGACCGAGCUCAACAAAUUGUAUCUUGUUGAGUGGAUAAUAAACUGAGCAGUAUAGUUGAGAUUUCUUGUUAAGCAAAGACUGAUUAUAGCAUGAAAUCUAUUUACAUGUAUCCUGAAUCCUGAUGAGUAAAUUCAUAACAAUUGUAUUUUUCGUUCUUGGUAA